AUGCCUUCUUCCGGUGUUGCGGUAUUUUUCGUCCCCCUAUGUUUCCCUCAUGUGCGAUGUCGAUUUCUCUUUAUUGUGCUCAUCAUUGAUCUAAAAAAAAAAUGCAUGUAUCUCAGACGCUGGAACUUUACCCCGAGCUUAAUGUCACGCAAAUUCUUUUUAAAGACGUGCAAAAUGCCGCCGAGCUACGGCAAAACGCCGUGGAUGGCAAAAUAAAAGGUGCCCUGAUCAAGCCAACUAUGCUGGUGAGUCCUUUCCAAGUGCUGGUGGCUGCAAAUAAGGCUGUGCACUUACACAAACGUAAUCAAAUGAAGACAAGAGGCUUGUUUUCAGAGAUCAUCUUCAACCUGUCACCUACUAAUAAUAUCUCAGAGGCCUUUAAAAGAUUUGGCAUCUCGGACGGUGAUGGCACCGUCCUGGUGGUCUUGGUCCACACCAAAGAAGAAUCCCACCUUGUGAGCGACAUGGUGACUAAAGUGGAUGGAGUCCAGAUUCCAGUGGAGGACAUAUCAUCCUUGUCAGACCUUGAAAAAAUUAAAAAGCUUUACAAAAUCAACCCAGAGGAGGACAAGUGUGGAACUCUUCUGGAUGCAGUCGUAUGCAGAAUGGCCACUAAGGAUAUAAUGUAGCUCCCACUUGUCACUGUCCUUUAUUUGUAAUAAAAUGUUUCUUAAAAAAAAA